CACAUCCAAAUUGUGACAUUUCUAUUCGGAAAAAAGUAUGAAAGUGAAAGGCCAAUCCAUACAAAUUGUGGCAUUUCUUUACGGAACCAAGUCAUGGAAGUGAAAGGUCUAUAAAAGACACAGAGCCAUUAAUCCUCCCUUCUCAACCACCACGUCCAUCACAAUUCAUCUACCAAUUAAACCUAGCCUUGCACUACCCAUAUACAAAUUGUGACUUUUCUAUGCGCAUAUGGAACCAAGCCAUGAAAGUGAAAGGCCUACCCAUAACCAAAAUCAUUAAUCCUCUCCUCUCAACUGCAACCCACCACAUUAAUAUUCAUCUACCACCGACUCUGCAAUCACAAAAACAUCUUUGGUUCGGGCCCAGUUGGGCAGAUCGAGGAAAACUCAGUAUGUUAAUGGGUAGAAAUUGGGGUUGAUAGGAAAUUAAAUUCAUUGUGAUUUGGUUUCUAAGAUAUUUAUAAGUAGUGGGGAGCUUGUACUUAGUUGCAAAUUAAGAAAAAGAAACUCUAUCAAGGCAAACCAUGGAUCAUGCCCCAUUAUCUGCUUGGCCUUGGGAGAAUUUGGGUUCUUACAAGUAUUUAUUAUAUGGACCAUUUCUUGCAAGACUCAUCUAUUCAAUGAUUUGGGAGAAGACCCAAAACCCUAGUUGGUGCCUACAUAUUCUCCUCCUAUGUGCCCUUAGGGGCCUUGUUCAUCAGUUAUGGUACUCUUACUGUAACAUGCUCUUCAUUACUCGAAACCGCUGGAUUCUUCGACAAGGAAUCAAUUUCAAACAAAUCGAUCGUGAAUGGCAUUGGGAUAACUUCAUAAUUCUCCAAGCUUUCGUGGCUGGCAUGGUCUUGCUCAGCUUCCCAUUCCUUACCAAUCUUCCUUUAUGGAACACAAAGGGAAUUAUAUGUUGCAUGGUGCUCCAUAUGGGAAUUUCAGAGCCCCUUUAUUAUUGGUUCCAUAGAUUGUUGCAUACCCAAUACUUCUUUUCCCAUUAUCAUUCACUUCACCAUGCCUCUAUUGUGACACAACCUUUUACAGCAGGGCUAGCAACCUUUUUGGAGCAUUUAAUGAUGGGUGUGAUUAUAGGAAUUCCAACGGUUGGGACAUGGCUAUUUGGAUAUGGGUCAAUUAGUUUGAUAUAUGGCUACAUUUUGGUGUUUGAUUUCCUAAGAUGUAUGGGGCAUAGCAAUGUUGAAAUCAUUCCUCAUGCUCUCUUUCAGAUCUUUCCAUUCCUUAAGUAUUUUCUCUACACUCCCACAUACCACUGCCUACACCACACAGAGAUGAACACCAAUUUCUGCCUCUUUAUGCCCCUUUAUGAUUCAAUUUGGAAAACAAUCAACACCAAAUCCUGGGAUCUUCAUAAAAGAACAAGUUCAGGUAAAAAUGAAAGAAUAGCUGACUUUGUAUUCCUCGCCCAUCUUGUGGACGUUAUGGCAACCUCGCACUCCCCAUUCUUUUUCCGGUCAUUGAGCUCACUCAAAUACUCCUUCAAAUUAUUCUUGCUUCCAAUGUGGCCUUUCUUGUUCGUUUUGAUGAACUUUUCAUGGGUAGUGUACAAAACCUUUGUGGCUGCAUCCUACAAUCUGAGAGGGAGAUUGCAUCAAACAUGGAUGGUUCCUAGAUAUGGUUUCCAGUAUUUCCUACCAUUUGCUAGGGAAGGCAUAAAUAAAGUGAUUGAAGAAGCCAUCCUUGAGGCUGAUAGAAUGGGUGUCAAGGUCAUUAGUCUCGCUGCAUUAAACAAGAAUGAAUCUCUAAAUGGAGGUGGAACACUAUAUGUUAACAAGCAUCCCAACCUUCGAGUCAGAGUUGUCCAUGGAAACACCUUGACUGCUGCUGUGAUACUCAAAGAGAUCCCGCAAAAUGCAACCCAAGUCUUCUUGACCGGCGCUACAUCUAAAUUAGGAAGGGCCAUUUCCCUCUACCUUUGUCGCAAAAAGAUUUUUGUACUGAUGCUAACUCAAUCCUCGGAGAGAUUCGAAAGUAUCCAAAGGGAGGCUCCAAUCGAUUGCCAGCAAUUUCUAGUUCAAGUGACAAAAUAUCAAGCAGCACAAUAUUGUAAGACAUGGAUCAUUGGCAAAUGGUGCACCCCAAGCGAGCAAAGUUGGGCUCCUCCAGGGACACAUUUCCAUCAAUUUGUUGUGCCACCAAUCUUGGGUUUUAGAAGAGACUGCACUUACGGCAAGCUUGCAGCCAUGAGACUUCCAGAAGAUGUUGAAGGCCUGGGAUAUUGUGAGUAUACGAUGGAAAGAGGAGUCCUCCAUGCUUGCCAUGCAGGUGGUGUUGUUCAUCUCCUACAAGGUUGGACUCACCAUGAGGUCGGGGCCAUUGAUGUGGAUCAGAUUGAUGUUGCGUGGACCGCUGCACUCAGCCAUGGCUUCAAACCAGUUUAAUUUCUUUAUAUGGAAACACUAUAUAUAAUAAAGAAAAAGACCUGGUCUAUAAAUAUUGGACACUAUGCACAAAUUAAUAAUGUAAAAAGCCCCCAACGUGUGUGCAUGCACAAAAGCAAUUUACAUGCAUCC